AAGUCGAAGUGUAGUAUUUUUCUUCUCUUCUUGCCACCACAGAUUUUCGAGGAGCCAUGAAAGAGUCAAAAUUCCUAGUUAUUUGCUGGUUUUGUUCCUUCUUCGGACUGCUGGCGGCCUUUCCAGAACAGGGGAAAUGGGACUUUCAACUAAGUUCGGAGAUACCCUACAUGCCCAUCCCGAAAUCAGUCUACGAGGGAUUCAAAAUAUACACACAGAUCACUUGCGAACCGUACGAGCAGGCGAGGGAAUCGGUCAAGCUGAAAAUAUCCUGGGCACUAAUAGAGUACAAAUGCUGGGAGGAAUAUGUCAGAAUGUCCUACACCACACAGUACGAGGCAUUCUUCGUGACGCCGAAUCAGUCGGAGAUCGUGUUCCAUCCGAUCGAGGAACUUUGCACGCGCGGAGGACACAUCAUCUUGCCGGAGCUGAAGCUGAAGGAACCGGCAGAGAGGAUGAGCAAAUCGCGGAGAGAUGCUGGAAAGAACGAGCCGCAGUCAAUUUUUACAAUCACUAAGGAUGGGUUGUAUAUUUUCAUACUGAGGAUCCAGUCUGAGUCUCAGGAUAAUUUCGUUGCCAAUGUACAUGUUGAGAUGAAGAGUGAACAAGGAUAUCUGUCAGCGGUGGAUUGGCCAUUACUUCCGUUCUACGGUGCGAUGUGCUUGGUUUACGUUGGCCUUGGCAUCAUCUGGCUGACCGUGUCGUUCCUGCAGUGGAGAGAUCUGCUUCGGAUUCAGUUCUGGAUCGGUGGCGUCAUUCUGCUGGGCAUGUUGGAGAAAGCCAUGUUCUACGGUGAAUACCAGAGCAUCAAUUCGACGGGCGUCUCCGUGAGGGGAAUGGUCCUACUGGCCGAAUGGGUGUCCUGUGGUAAGCGAACCCUCGCCCGGAUGCUGGUCAUCAUCGUUUCGCUGGGAUUCGGUAUUGUCAAGCCACGAUUGGGACCAAUGCUUCAUCGUGUUGUUGGAACUGGAGGCCUAUAUUUGGUACUGGCAUGUGUUGAGAGCUUCCUCCGGAUAAUGCACACUAAAAACGAUCAACUACUGGUGGCGAGUAUCCCCUUAGCAGUGCUCGAUUCCGCCAUUUGCUGGUGGAUCUUUACAUCACUUGUCCAGACGACAAGGACGCUGCGAUUGCGAAGAAAUAUGGUUAAACUUUCUCUGUACCGACACUUCACGAAUACGUUGAUCUUCGCCGUCCUGGCUUCCGUGGUAUUCAUGCUCUAUUCGAUCAAAUCGCAUCGAUUUGCUGAAUGCCUGACCGAUUGGAAGGAACUGUGGGUCGACGAUGCCUUCUGGCACGUUCUAUUCUCUACUCUGCUGCUAGUGAUUAUGAUCCUUUGGCGUCCAACGAACAACAACCAACGGUACGCGUUCACUCCACUGUUGGAUAAUCCGGAAGAUGAAGACGAUGACGAGGAAGAGCAAUUCGUAUCGGACGCGUACGGCGUAAAGAUGCGUGGAACGCGAAGUUCGUCUCCCAAACAGAACGCCAGGAGCCCGACCACGGACGAAGACGACCUCAAAUGGGUCGAAGAUAAUAUUCCUGCGGCGAUUGCCGAUGCGGCGCUUCCCGUGCUAGAUUCCGACGAGGAGAUUGUCAAUACCAAGUUUGAGGUAUCGAAGAUGCAGUAAAACCACUUGCUACAAUCGAUGGAAGUCGAUCGACAUUCGGGAACACAUACUAUGAUGGCAUCGCAUUUUAAGACGAUAGGUUUUAGCGAUCAGUUUUAAGCAAGAUUCGAAACAUAACAAGGGAAUAAAAUGCACUAGUCAAGUGGGGAGCACGUUGAACCACCGGGUUUGGUUUCAACAUUUAGCACUUUUUUCCCCUUGCAUGAUAAACCCUUUGCUCCAGAUGAACUUGAUCCCUUUCCUUACCACUCUCUGAUUGGAUUUGCCAACCGAGUGAUUUGUUUUAAUUUAAUACAAAAAGUACGAAUUUUCGUCGCAAAGCUGUGAAUGAGCUGUCUUAGAAGCGGUAAGUCUAGAUCAAAAGUGCAAAAUAAAAGCAAACAAAAGUAAAUCAAACACAUGACUCUAAGCUGAGCAAAAAAUGGAAAAUGGGACACCAUCCUAGGAUUAGAGCAAUUAGAGAAUGAUUACGCGAAUAGGGUUUCUGUUGAAAAUUCCGGAGGCCUGAUAGGCAUAGAACUUAUCAUGCAUUGUUUUGACUGCAGCGCCUAACACAAGCAACAUGUUCCGUCUUAUAAUAUUUAGUUUUAAUAGCUUCCCUUUGGAUAGAUAUCUUUAUUUUAUCUAGUUAUCAUUGUCAAAAUAGUUGUGUUGAGAGCAUUUCCUGUAUCAUCCAUCAUAAAGGCAAAUACUGACAGCCUAUCUUUUCUAACUAGUUAUCUAUUGAGGGAUCUCCUUAAAUUGAUUGCGUUUCUAUGAAUAAUUCCUAUUCCAAUACAAACAGACAUAAGCAGUGAGAAGGUUGACAAAAAAAAAACAUUGCGUAGAGAUUACGUGUAGUAUAGUUAAAAUCUACGAGAACGUGAAUAGAUUAGAGUUACUUUUGUACAUAGGCAUGAUUAUAUGAUUAUUUUUCAGUAAACUGAAAACAAUAUCGUAACCACUAAAUAGAGUAAUAUGAAAAUUUGUAGACGACCUUUCCAAACUACAAUAAAUAUUAAAACAAAACUUACAAAUGGGUUUUA